AUGAAACCCCCGGGCGGCAUCUUCGUGUCUGUUUUUCUUUUCGCUGCAGAGUUGGUCGCAGCCCUGUAUCUAAGCAGUACCUACAGAUCUGCUGGGGACAGGAUCUGGCAAGGGCUCACACUGGUCUUCGUGCUGGUGCCAUCAAUCCUGGUCCAGUUCACUCUAACCUUCGUGCACCGGGAUGUGAGCAGGGAUAGACCCCUGGUGCUGUUCCUACAUCUGUUACAGCUUGGACCAUUCGUCAGGUGCCUUGAAGCAUUAUGUAUUUACCUAAAUGUUGGUAGAGUUGAAGAACCUUAUGUCAGUAUUACCAAAAAGAAGCAGAUGAAAAAAAAUGGCUACUCUGAAGAAAUUGAGAAGGAAGUGGGUCAAGCAGAAGGCAAAAUGUUCACACACAGAGCUGCUUUUAACCGGACUUCAGUGAUUCAGGCUUUCAUAGGCUCUGCACCCCAACUUACCCUCCAGCUCUAUGUCAGUGUAAAGGAACAGUUUGUUACACCUGGUAGAGGAGUACUAAUGGUUAUUUCUCUACUUACCAUUGUAUAUGGAGCCUUGCGGUGCAAUAUCCUCGCUAUCAAAAUCAAGUAUGAUGAAUAUGAGGUACAUGUGAAGCCUGCAGCCUACAUCUGUAUAUUUCUAUGGAGAAGUUUUGAGAUUGCCACCAGAGUGGUUGUUUUGGUCCUUUUUAGCUCUGUGUUGCAGAUAUGGAUCCUCCCCGUAGUUCUCUUGAACUUUUUUACAUUCUUUUUCUAUCCAUGGGUAUUAUUCUGGAACAGUAAAUCACCUUUCCCUGAGAACAUCGAGAAAACGUUUACAAGAGUAGGUACAACAAUAGUAUUAUGUUGCCUUACAUUCCUCUAUGCCGGUGUUAAUAUGUUCUGUUGGUCAGCAGUUCAACUUAAGCUAAACGAUCCUGAUUUAAUUAAUAAAUCCCAGAAUUGGUACAGACUAGCAGUGUACUAUAUGUUAAGAUUCAUUGAAAAUGCUGUUCUUAUUCUCUUAUGGUACAUCUACAAAACUGAUGUAUAUACCUAUAUAUGUGCUCCUUUGUUGGUCAUGCAGUUGUUAAUUGGAUAUUGCAUUGCAAUAUUUUUUAUGCUUGUCUUUUAUCAGUUCUGCCACCCAUGUAAAAAGCUUUUCACUUCCAGUAUUUCUGAAGGAUUAUUAGCUUGCAUCCAUUUUGUUUUUCACUGCCAUUGUCACAAAGCUUCUGAACCUGUGGAAAGAGCUGUCUUAGAACCCAAUAAUGCCAAUGACCAUGAACAGGGUGCUCAACCUAGCCCUAAAUCUCAAGAUUAG